AUGUCGUCCCCUGUGGUGGAGGAAUGGGCCCAAUCAAAGGUCCUGAUGAACAGAGCAGGGAUGGGGCGCCUCUCCUUAGUCGCCAAUGUGAAAACCAUUGACCGGAAGGAUGUAGUCUCGAACUCGGACGUGCUCAUUCCAGUGAUUAAAUACCUGGGAUGUAGAGUACCUGUCUCUCAGAUUGCAGAGCACGUGGACAUGUUUUUGAACUACGCGCGUCCCAAAGGUGAUCAUGCCAAAUUCCAGGCAUGGAUUAUCAAGAGGCUCAUCUCAGAGUUCAAUCGAUCAGCUCGCCGUGGGCACUUCCCGCGGGAGAAGGGUAUGCAGGAUAUCUACACAGAAACUGGGAUGACCCUACCAUUCAAUCCACGUGCCUGGCCCUCUUCAGGUACCUUUAACUUAUUUUUUUUGGCAAGACUAGCAAAAACAACAUGGGCCUCGUUCGUUGAUCAUUGUAACCCAAAAAACUUUUCAAGGGUGGAGUGGAAGAUUCUUUUCACCCAUGGUUGA